GGGGGCUGUCCCGGGCGAAAUCUCACGCAAUCUCAGCUGAAGCAGGAGGCUGGAGAAGGGGGCGGGCGCUGGGCCGGAGUGGGGUGGGGCCGAAGCUCCGUGUGGGGAGGGGGGUACGGUGGCAGCGGGACCUGUUGAUCGCAGGUAGCGCCAAGCUGGCCCGUGGGCUCCCUUGGGCGCUGAGGUAGCCGCGCAUGCUCGCUAGUCGUACUACUGGCUAGACGCGGGGCGGCGGUGACCUACCGGCUCCUACUGGGGAUCCGCUGCGGCUGAGCGAGCGGCGGCGGAGGCGAUGUGAGGGACCCCGGGGGCGGGAUGGUGUUGACUCGGGGGAGGGCUGUAUUCUUCGACAGGACGACGAGCUCCUCCACAGGACUUGGGGUGGGAACCGCCGACCCAGGCGAGAGGAAAAGAAUAUUCUAUUAACAAGAGUAAAUAACUGGAAGGAAAAGAUUUACUAUUUCAUAUAUUAGGAUGAAAUUUUGAUCAGAAGAGUGCUAUUUCUAGCUUUAUCUUCUAUGUAUAAAAUUAAAAAUGACUGAAGUCCAAGCAAUGGUAGAAUUCUCUGUGGAGCUACACAAGUUCUACAAUGUUGAUUUGUUUCAGAGAGGUUUUUACCAAAUUCGGGCUUCAAUGAAAGUUCCUCCAAGAAUUCCCCACAGAUUAGAAGCUAGCUUGUUACAUGCAACAGGUCUGGAUCUAGCCUUUCCAGCUUCUGUUCAUGACAAUGUAAUUUGCAGUAAAAUAUUUCAAAUUCUUUACAAAAAUGAAGAGAUUGUUAUAAAUGAUGUUAUGAUCUUCAAAGUUAAAAUGCUAUUAGAUGAAAAAAAGAUUGAAGAAUCCCUUGAUGAAAUGAAUUUCCUGUUAUCUUUAGAUCUGCACUUCACAGACACAGAUUAUUCGGCAGAUGACUUGAACUCCUUGCAACUAAUAAGUAGCCGAACAUUGAAGCUGCACUUUAGCCUCCAUAGAGGCCUUCAUCAUCAUGUUAAUGUUAUGUUUGAUUAUUUCCAUCUUUCUGUUGUGUCUGUUACAGUCCAUGCAUCAUUGGUUGCACUACAUCAGCCAUUAAUAAGCUUUCCUCGUCCAGUGAAGAAUACGUGGUUAAAUAGGAAUGCACCAGCACAAAACAAGGAUUCUGUGAUUCCUUCUCUUGAAAGUGUGGUCUUUGGUAAUAACUACUCAAAACAGUUAACUCCAGAUGGAUGCAGUUUCAUGAUUGCAGAAUCCUUCUUACAUCAUGCCUACAAUUUCCAUUAUACACUUUGUGCCAGUUUGCUGCUAGCAUUCCAGGGAUUACACAGCUACUUCCUAAUGGUAACACAAGAGCUUCCCUCUUGUCACAGAAUAGAUUUGGCCAAGGCCAGCAUGCACGUCCUUUACGAGCGCCUUCUUGGAAGAAAAUGUCCACGAAACCAGAAAGACACAAAUAUAGAAAAAAUAGAUGUAGAAGUUCGCCUUACCGAAUUAUGUGAAGAAGUAAAGAAAAUGGAAAAUCCUGAUGAACUGGCAGAACUCAUAAAUAUGAAUCUUGCACAGCUAUGCUCACUUCUAAUGGCACUAUGGGGACAAUUUUUAGAAGUUAUAACAUUACAGGAUGAAAUAACAGCUUUAUUAGCACAAGAACAUCAUACAUUAAGGGUACGCAGGUUUUCUGAAGCAUUCUUCUGUUUUGAACAUCCAAGGCAUGCAGCCCUUGCCUAUCAGGAACUCCAUGCUCAGAGUCAUCUACAGAUGUGCACAGCUAUCAAAAAUACUUCCUUCUGCAGCUCUCUUCCACCCCUUCCUAUUGAAUGUAGUGAACUUGAUGGAGAUCUCAAUUCAUUACCUAUAAUCUUUGAAGAUAGGUAUUUAGAUUCUGUUACUGAAGACUUAGAUGCACCCUGGAUGGGAAUUCAGAAUCUUCAGAGAUCAGAGUCUAAUAGAAUGGAUAAAUAUGAGACUGAAGAAAGCCCUAUAACUGGACUUUCUAGCCCAGAGUUGAAAAUCAGACCUGCUGAUGCCUCCAAUAUAUUGUAUACAGAAGGUGAAAAGCAGCUCACAAAGUCUCUAAAAGGAAAAAAUGAAGAUUCAAAUAAAUCCAAGGUUAAGGUUACUAAACUGAUGAGAACUAUGAAAACUGAAAACACCAAAAGAGUAAUAAAACAAAACUCUAAGGACUCUGUGGUUUUGGUAGGCUACAAAUGUUUGAAAAAUACAGCAUCAGAGAACCUCUUUAAAUGCUCUGAAGGCAAGCCUUCACAUAGCCAAAAGGAAGGUCUGGAUCCCACAGUCAGGGGAUUUAAUUAUGAGACAAAGACCUGCACCAGACAGACAAAUCAAAAAGAAGUUGGCUUUUUGCCAGCUGACACAGACAGAACUGAACUAAAGCCUACAAAAAUUGAAAAUAUACAGCCAAACCAGUUUUCCUCUUUGAACUUUGGCAGCCUAAAUCUUUGUGCAAAUUUGUCCAUUUCAGGUAAACUUGGUAUCUCCCAGGACGAUAAUGACAUUACACAAGUGGAUCACAAUCUGGCAUCUGGAGGGCCAUCGGACGUUUGCCAUGAUCAUCAAACAACUGAAUCAACAGGAGUUAGGACAAUUGAAGUAAAACCAAGUAGUAAAGAUCCUUUCAGGGGAGAAAAAGUAACUGUCACAGUAGGGCACUGGACAGAAUCUCAGCAAGAUGAAAUAUUUUUAAAUAAUUCUCAGUUACACAACUUUCAGUCUAUAGAAACUAGUGAUAAAUUUAAAUCUAUAGAAGAAGGAUUAGUUUCUGAAAAGGAAAGUGUACGAGAAACAAAGUGCCGAUGUAUUGGAGAUUCUUUAAGUAAAUUAAAAAGUAAUCCAUCUGGCCUUUCUGCAAGAGAAUAUCAUGUUGUAGUAAGUACAGAUACAAUUAAGUUACCAGAUGUUAAUGUCACAUAUGCCUCCUCUAGAUUUUCAGAUUCAGGUGUUGAGAGUGAACCAAGUUCUUUUGCAACACAUCCAAACCCUGAUGUAAUAUUUGAAACCAUACAAGAAAAAGGUGCUAAUAAUGAAAAAAUGUAUCCUCAGCUUUUACUAAAACCAGAUUCUAAUAUAAAAAUUUCAUUAGAAAGCCAUUGUACAGAGAGUACAAGUGCUUUAAGUGAAAUACAGUCAUCCUUAACAUCCAUAAAUUCUCUACCUUCAGAUGAUGAUGAAUUCUCACCUGAUGAAAAUUCUAAGAAAUCUGUUGUACCUGAGUGCCAUCUAAGUGAUAGUAAAACUGUGUUAAAUUUAGGAAUGAUUGAUUUGCCAAAAUAUGAUGAUGACAGAAAGUCAAGUAUUAUUUUGCAGCAGCAGAGUGUUGUAUUUUCAGGACUUCCAUACACUGAACCUACAGCUAUAAAUUCCUUAUAUUCAAAUAUAAGAGAUUCAUUUCAGGUGGUUGCUUCAGUUGAAGAUACCUCUAGUAGUCACAGUUCACAGAAAAACUUUAACAAUGUGGGUAAGAACUCUCAAAGUCCUAAUGAACCUUUUAUCUCUACAGAGAAAGUGACUACACUAAAUUCAGAACUUAUUUAUAUGGGAGCCACUUGUGGUGUUACAGGUUCUGUUUCUAAUAAUGCAGAGUUUAGUGAAGGUAGACCUCAUGAAGAAAAAUUAGACUUCAAACAAAUGGUUGCAGAAUUACCAGUAGUUAAAAAGGAAACUCACACAGGUACAAAUGACUUUUCAUCAGCCAACAGUACUGAUAUGGUAAAAGAAGGGCUUGUGGAGAAUUAUUUUGGUUCUCAAAGUAGUACGGAUAUUUCUGUUACAUGUGCUAUUGACCACAGCAAUCCAGAUAGCCCUCAGAAGGAAAUUUCUGAAAAAGGCAUGAUUAAUCCUCAACAAGAGGAAGAGGAGGAGGAAGAGCAGGAUCAAGAAAUGAUUCAAAAUGGGUAUUAUGAGGAAACAGAUGCAGUUUUGGAUAGAGCGAUAAGUGCUCACUUGGAGAACAAUCAUGGGCUAGCAGAAGAGAAAUUUCUCCAAGCUGAAAGAAUAAACAGUGAAUAUCUGAGGGAUGUUAUAAAUAUGCCUACUGUGUGUACUCCUGGUUGUUUGUCUUUCCCAUCUGCACCAAGAGAGUCUCCUUGUAGUGUUAAGUGUUCUUCUAAAAACAAAUUUGAUGCAAUCACGAAACAACCAAGCAGCACUUCAUACAGCUCUACUUCAUCAAUUUCCUGGUAUGAAAAUUCACCCAAACCUCAAAUCCAAGCUUUUCUUCAGGCAAAGGAAGAACUAAGACAGCUUAAACUACCUGGAUUUAUGUACAGUGAUGUUCUUCAACUGGCUUCCUCAAUACCUUAUUUCAGUGUGGAAGAGGAUGAUGGUUCAGAAGAUGGAAUACAUCUCAUUGUCUGUGUCCAUGGUUUAGAUGGUAACAGUGCAGACCUUAGGUUAGUUAAAACAUAUAUUGAACUUGGACUUCCUGGAGGACGAAUAGAUUUUCUUAUGUCUGAGAGGAAUCAGAAUGACACCUUUGCUGAUUUUGAUAGCAUGACUGAUCGCCUUCUUGAUGAAAUAAUACAGUAUAUUCAAAUUUAUAGUUUAACAAUUUCAAAAAUCAGCUUUAUUGGACAUUCCUUGGGCAACUUAAUUAUCCGUUCAGUGCUUACGCGGCCUAGAUUUAAAUAUUACCUCAACAAACUUCAUACCUUUCUAUCUCUAUCUGGACCACACCUUGGUACCCUUUACAACAGUAGUGCUCUUGUGAAUACAGGUCUCUGGUUUAUGCAAAAAUGGAAAAAGUCAGGUUCUUUAUUACAACUCACAUGUCGAGACCAUUCAGACCCCAGACAAACUUUCUUAUACAAACUCAGUAAGAAAACAGGUCUUCAUUACUUCAAAAAUGUAGUAUUGGUAGGAUCUCUGCAGGACCGUUAUGUUCCAUAUCAUUCUGCCCGUAUUGAGAUGUGCAAAACAGCUUUAAAGGAUAAACAGUCAGGACCAAUUUAUGCUGAAAUGAUCCAGAACCUCCUUCUCCCAGUUCUGCAAAGCAAGGAUUGUAAUUUGAUUCGAUACAAUGUCAUCAAUGCAUUGCCCAAUACAGCUGAUUCACUUAUUGGGAGAGCUGCACAUAUUGCUGUUCUUGAUUCAGAAAUAUUUUUAGAAAAAUUUUUUCUAGUGGCUGCUCUAAAAUAUUUCCAGUAGCAUAAAAGCAUUGUUAGAGACUUGGCAAUUACCUCAUUCAUCAGUGAAUCAAAUAAUGUGUGGUAUUAAACUGUAGCUGCCACUCAGUUUCAAGAAAUAUUUAUACUUUUUAUAUGGAAGAUAAUUUAUAUCAUCCAUGUGUAGAGCUUUUUAAAUAUCAAUUUUACUUUUUAGGUAAUGUGGCUGUGCAAUAUUUUUUUAAUUUUAUUCUUUUUACUUUUCUAUUAUGUUUUCUUAUAUUUUUGGUACUUGAUUAUUCAGAGUGAAGAUUUAAGCACAAUAUGUAUAUUUGGUUGUUUAUUAUUGCCUUUCCAUCUGCAAGAGUUCUUACAUACGCCUAGGUAUUAUUAGAAUCGCUUUGGAUUUUAAAUUCUAACGUUGAGGUGUUAUGCAGUCAAUUAUGUUGAAUCUUAUAAUUUUAGAAUGUUUUAACUGGAAAUACAAUUAUGGCUGCUAAAAUAUAUAUUUUGAAAACUCUUUAUAGAUCUGAAAUUGCUCAUUAUUAUGAGUAUCCUACAUAGUUUCAACUCAGACAUCCAUAGAAUCUUAAAGGUUUUUUUUUUUUUUACAAAAAUCAUUGUUGUCAUUAUUCUUAAAUAUUUGCCACAUCUGUGCAAUUGUAUUUUCUACAUUUGAUCCCAAAAACAUAUUGUUUCACAUAUUUACUUUUAUUACUGGAACUUUUUGUGUUCAGAAGCUAGCAGUAUAUAAAGUUUUUGAAUGUUUGAAUGAUUGCAGCCUUGAUUUUGGAAUUUUGCUAAAUUUGAUAAUGUUGCUUGUAUUCCCUGAAUACGUUUCUUUAAAUUAACUUUUUUCAUGAACUUCCUUAUAUGUACAUAAAAUUCCUAAAUGUUAAAUUUUCUGCAAUACUUUUAUGAAGUUAAAUAAUUUUUAAAUAUUGUUCAAAGAUUUUAUUGAAAUACAAAAUAUUGUAAAUAAAAUAACUCAUCUUGAAACAGAACAAAGUUAUUAACUUUACAUGUUUGGUGAUACAGAUGCAAGUGUUUUUGAUAAUAUGAAAAUGUUUAAAGGUCUUUUGACUUUUUAAUGGUGCUGAGAAGCAUAAUAAGUUCAGUAUUUUUCAUUUCCCUUUUUUCAUGUUUCUACAAUAAUGCACUAAAGUGGAUAGGAAGUUCACUAAUUGUGACACAAUUUUUAAAGGAUUUGUUGUACAAUUAAUGCAUGUUUAUUUUUAGCAUUAUGUUAUGCAUCUGGCAUUAAUAAAAUUAAUGUAUGACUCUA